UUGCAGCCUUUACGAGUUACAUUUUCUUGUUAUCUAUCAUGCUGUUCAGCACCUGCAGUUUUUCUAGGAUUAAUGCCCCCAGUUUCGAGCUCUGGCACUGUUUUAUCAUCCCUUGCGUAUCGCUACUUUAAUGUGAUGUGUCCCAAAGUCAGUUAUUAUAGCCGGCACUUACACGGGAGUUGACUAAUUUGUGGUUGGUAAGUAAAGGGAUCACCUAAAAAAAAGUGCGAUUUGCCAGUUGCCUUUAUUUUCUCGUGAUUAUGUUUUCUUUACUUAUGUCAGCGAGAAGAUUUUAGAAGUUGGUCCGUAUUUUAGUAUCCUGUCCCUUGCGCUCGAGAUCGCUCUUGAGAUUCGUUUUCUAGUGAAAAGGAACAGCAGACAAAAAAAGUUCAAAUUUAAAGUUUGGUUUCAUUUCUUUCCUCAGAGACAAAUCCAUAAUUCAUUGAUGGGCUCUCUUUCGAGGAAAGAGAGAUGUUAAUCUAACAACUCAGAAUCUAGACAAUUUCUUGUUGCCCACUUCGUGCAGAUCACGAACAAUUCUUCAACUUGGACACGUUUGUUUGAAUCUUGAAUCUUCACCCCCGAAGCUUCAACCGACUAUGACAUUUUACAAGUAGCCACUCUUAUCGACUUAAUUCAGCCAACUUCCAACUGGCUUUUCUUCCUUCACACGUACACUUACCGUGCCGCACAGGUUUUUAGACUUUCAUGCAUGUAGACUUCGCUACCUUGUUCUAGGAUUUCUUCUUUAGCCGCCAUUCUUGACUCUGCGAAAGUUGACAGCUUCCCUAGUGCUGAUGUUCAUCUAGCUUUCUAUGUAAUGGACUCUUCUGCUGGUAUCCUGUCAAGAUGUCUCUGGUGAAGUUAUAGCAAUUAAUAUCCUCACCAAUUGAAGUUUCGAUUUCGGGAAACUUGUAAAUCUUCCAAACAUGGCACUUGCUUCUACCGAAAAAGUGAUUCUCGGGUCUAUUGCCUUUGCGAUAUUCUGGGUAUUGGCCGUUUUCGAAUCUGUGCCGUUCCUACCUGUAGGAAGAACAGCAGGUUCGCUCCUUGGAGCGACGCUUAUGGUCAUUUUCCGGGUCAUAACCCCAGAGCAAGCUUACGCUGCGAUUGACCUCCCAAUCCUUGGCCUUCUCUUUGGGACGAUGGUGGUUAGUGUAUAUCUGGAAAAGGCCGAUGUGUUGAACCAUCUGGGUAAGUUGCUCUCCUGGAAAAGCAAGGGAGCACAUGACUUGCUUUGUCGGAUUUGCUUGAUCUCUGCCAUUUCAAGUGCUUUCUUCACAAAUGAUACGUCUUGUGUUCUUCUGACUGAGUUCGUGCUUAAGAUAGCCAGGCAACACAAUCUCCCGCCGCAUCCAUUUUUACUUGCCCUUGCGUCGAGCGCCAAUAUUGGGUCUUCGGCGACUCCCAUUGGGAAUCCUCAAAAUCUAGUCAUAGCUAUACAGAGUAAGAUCUCAUUUGGGAGUUUUCUCGUUGGACUCCUUCCUCCAACGGUGAUCGGGGUUCUCGUCAAUGCGCUGAUUCUUCUAUGCAUGUACUGGAAGCUACUGUCCUUCCAAAAGGACGAAGAAGAUGCAGCUUCUGAAGUAGUAGCUGAGGAAGAUGUGAGUUCUCAUCCAUUUUUGCCCGCCACAGUGUCCCACUUCACAUACCUAAACUCGCAGGAAGGGAACUCUAGGUUCGAGCCAAUGGAGAUACAGAGCCCUCCCUCAACCGUAAAUGGGAAUGCAAAUCAAGUCGAGUCGCUUAGAAACUGGUCGACUUCUUAUGAGAAUGAAAUUCACCAGGUCUCAAGCAGUGCGCCUGCCUUGGCAAGGAACUCAACUGCAUCGGAAGAGACGCUUCACAACGGUGCUUCUCAGAAAAAGCAUGAAACGGCUGCUUCCGAUUUUGUCGUAUCUGUCAACGGGUUGAAUGAUGUGUUCCCAGUGAAGCAUUCAGAGGGGAAGGAAACACUUGCCCCUCGAUUUAAGAGGAUACUAUGGAAAUCACGCGUUUACCUUGUCACCAUCGGUAUGCUGAUCUCUUUUUUGAUGGGUCUGAAUAUGUCUUGGACAGCUAUUACCGCCGCCCUGGCCCUCGUAAUUCUCGAGUUUAAAGAUGCUCAGUCUUGUCUAGAGGAGGUCUCCUACCCUCUGUUGAUAUUCUUUUGUGGAAUGUUCAUCACGGUCGACGGAUUCAACAGAACUGGAAUUCCAAGCACUCUCUGGGACUGGAUGGAGCCACAUGCCAAAGUCAAUUGUGCUAGCGGGAUAGCUGUUCUUGCUGUUGUCAUUUUGGUGCUGUCGAAUGUCGCUUCGAAUGUGCCAACCGUUCUCUUGCUUGGAAGCCAGGUGGCUGCAUCGGCAGUUGCUAUUUCAGCCGUGGAAGAGAGGAAGUCAUGGCUCAUAUUAGCUUGGGUGAGCUCAGUUGCAGGGAAUCUCUCGCUGCUCGGAUCGGCGGCAAACUUGAUUGUGUGCGAAAAGGCUCGCCUGGCCCCAAAUCUUGGCUACACUCUAUCCUUUUGGAACCACUUGAAGUUUGGAGUCCCUUCCACCAUUAUUGUAACAGCCAUAGGCUUGGCACUGAUAGGAUGACAAGAAGUAACUAAUAGCAUCUCUCUUGGAUGCUCGAUAGAUCUUUCAAUUAAGGCAAUCUCCUACUGAACUCGCUAUCAGGUUCUUAUGCUAUCUUUUGUCCUAGGGAUGAGGGAACAAAUUGAAGAAUAAUAUUGAUUUUGCUCAUUUCCCACCUA